AUACAAAGAAGGGUUUACCAUAACAGUUCUCACCAAAACUUCAAACCAUACAAAGAUUUUCUCUGCUUUCAGGGUCCUUACUGAUUCUACCCUUCCUCAUCUGUAUUGAGCUUAACGACCAUGGCUUUCCGUGUGCCUCGUAUAAUCAAGAAGUCUUCUACAGCUGGAGACGUUCCAAAGGGCCAUUUUGCUGUUUAUGUUGGGGAGAAGCAGAGGAAGAGAUUUUUAAUCCCCAUAUCAUUCUUGAGCCAACCUUUAUUUCAAGACUUGCUUAGUCAAGCUGAGGAAGAAUUUGGCUUUAAUCAUCCAAUGGGUGGUGUCACAAUUCCCUGUAGCGAGGAUGUCUUCAUUGAUCUUACUUCCCGCUUGAGUAGGAUAUGAGGCUUUUCCUUUCACAGACUUGUAGAACACAGGAAUUCCAGUUUGUACAUUAGAGGAAUUAGGAAUGACACAUUAUCUAUACCAUAUUA